GUUGAAUUGGUCACCAUUUCAGUCGCCGAAGAGAUCACUUUUCUCGACUAUAUUCGCAGCGGAACUCAAAUGCAUUUUGCGGUUGCGAUUGACUUCACCGCCUCUAACGGCGCCCCAAGAGAUCCACUAUCACUGCAUUAUUUGGAUAUAUAUGGCGGUCGACCCAACCCUUACGAGAUAGCCCUUAGAAGUGUUGGCGAUAUUAUACAGCCUUACAAUAGCGCUGGUAUUUAUCCAGCAUUUGGAUUCGGAGCGAAGAUCCCUCCGACUGGCGAAGUGUCACAUCUAUUCCACUUGAAUGGCAUUCCAUCGCAUCCGUACUGCAGUGGAGUGACUGAAGUUCUGGACCACUAUCGCAAACGAUUGGCUUCAGUCACGCUCUACGGGCCGACAAACUUCUCUAAUGUUAUCAAUAACACGGCUUCCAUUGCCCAGCAAUACGAAGACGGAAAGCAUUACUUUGUUUUGUUGAUCAUAACGGAUGGCAUUAUCUCUGAUAUGAUUCACACGAAACGCGCGAUCAUUAAUGCGUCCAAACUUCCGAUGUCUAUCAUAAUAGUAGGCGUCGGGAACGCAGACUUCGCCGCAAUGGAUGAGUUAGACUCGGAUGACGUGCGGAUGCAAUUGGACGGCAAGUAUGCCGAGAGAGAUAUCGUACAAUUCGUGCCGUUGAAUAAGUUUGUGUCCCAAAACGGGCCAUUCAUUAGAGCGCAGGCAGAUCUGGCCAAAGAAGUAUUGUAUGAAAUACCCCAACAAAUGACUGGAUAUAUGAGAUCCAGAGGUUUUAAACCAAAUAUUCCAGUGCCUAUCACUUCCAACAAUACCGCACAAGCGUUUGAUUCCCAACCCAUACAUCCCGUACCAAAUGCACCGCCGGUUUUGAUCGCAUAAAUUUAUUCUACAUUUUUUACAAUUAAUUUAUUAAAAUUUAAACUAACGAUUGAAUUCUCUAUUGAUUGACUAAAUGUUUACAAUUUUAUGAAUAUUUGCGAACAAAUAUUG